UACCGCCUUAAAAACAUAGACCAAACGACGGCGUCUUCACGGGCGAUUGGAUCUGAGCUCUCGUCUCGGUUCAUCUGUGCUGCCGGCGUCAUGACGGCGUCAACAGAGCGAACCACGUCAGGUGCACGGCGUCAGGGCACAAUGAUGAAUUUUACGGAGCAUCCUCCUGUAAAGAAAGGCUCUGUUCUCUUAACAAGGAUGGAAAGUAUAACGGCAUACAAAAACCAACGUGGACAACCCAAAUCUGAAGCUGGUGGACAGAAGAAGAAAGGGAGAGGUGUUCUAAAAGGUUUUAAAGCAUCUAAGAAGCGUUUUGCCAAUGGAUCUGCAAAGCUAAAUAUUACAUUCUCUGAAAAAUUGGGUGGUACAGUAGGAAUGAACUAUCGUUCGUUCAAGGAUGACGUGGUUGUCAUAAUCAAAAGAAAGUUACCACUCAUUGGAGUGAGGACGUGGUCGGACAUUCACCCUACCAUUCAUCGACUCAUUGUUGCAGAUAUAAUAGACAGAUGGGACCUGGAAGGUACACCAGAAACAGAAGAAAAAGUUCUCAAAAUUGCGAAAGAGAGAUAUAGAGGCUGGCGAUCAACUCUAAGCUCCACUUACAAGGCAUACAAAACAGAUGCAGCUAGAUUGGCUAAUCUUCCUGAAGAUUUACAACCAGAAGAGUGGGAAUGGAUGAUUGAGUACUUUGGCACUGAUUCAAAAUUUCAGGAACGCAGCCAAAAGAACGCCGAUAACCGUAAGAAACAGAAGACAAAACAUAUAAUCGGAUCAAAAUCUUACUCGCAAGUUAGUUUUGAGAAGAGAAACUUAGAAACUAGAGAAGAGCCAGAUUGUAUUGCUCUAUGGGAACUCACCCACACAAACAAUGGAACAUGGUCUAACACAGAUUCCCAGAAAGUUUACGACCAAGCACUUGAAGAGGUUAAAAACAAAGAAGCUGAAACUGAAGGUCCACUUUGAAGUGAGCAGAAAAACAAUGUUUUCCAGACCGCUUACAAAGACACUCUGGAAUGCAACUCAUCGCAGCCUCGUGGGUACGGAUACAUGGCCAAAACUUCAACUGGUUCUGAAAAGUUUCGUAUCCAGAUUGAAGAGCAAGCUUGUGCUACAGCAGCCACCCAGGAGCGAAACUCUCAGCUCAGCCAGCAGGUCAAUGACUUAGAAGAUCAACUACAAGCUGAACGUGCUAACACACAAGAGAGGAUUAACUUGGAGCGUGCUGAGAGAGAACAACUUGAGGAGAGGUUAAAAGAAGAGCGUGCUGAAAGGGAAAGAUUGUUGCAAGAGGAGCGAACAUCAAGACUGGAAUUUGAAAAAAACAUGAUGGCAAAGUUUGUAGAAUUGAGCAAACAGAUAGAAACCCAACAGGUGAUGGUGAUUACAGUCAUAUGCUUCUGACCUUGUAAGAUUUAUGUUGCUUACUUGCAUUGCUAAAAGUUGCUAAAAGUGGACUUCUAUUUACAUGUUCAUACGAAGAGGAUUGACAAAGAAAAUAGUAAUCCAAACUUGCAAAAUAUUCUUUCACAGACAUCUAGUCCUAAUAAGACUCCAGGUUCAAGGCCGACUGCUAUUUCUUCAAAUGCGCUCAUACAAGCUGCAGCAAGGCAAUCUCAGAUGUAUAAAGCAAUGGAUCCAAAGAACUAGCUGGACUGGACUCUAGAUCACAGGCAGUUUAGUCUUCGAAGUUAAUUAGGAUGGCUAAAUUACAUUUGAGUUUUAUUUGAUGGAUAUUUUCUAUCAGAAGUAUGAAUUGUAUGAAUCUACAUAUUAUAUGUAUGGUUUUGAAUAUUGUAAUUAAAACCCUGUAAUUUUUUUUACGAUUGCAAUAGACUAUUACCACAACCCAUUUUUGGUUGCCA